AUGGACGCAACCCGACGCUUCUUCUACGGCCCUUCACCAGAGGAGCAGCGACGCAAAUGCAACGCCCUCGUCCGCUCCAACGCCCGCAAACUCGACCGCGACCUCGCCAACCUCAAAGCCCUUGAGUCCAAAACCCGCACCUACAUCCUCCAAGCCAACAAGCGCGCCCAGCGCAACCCCUCGCAAGCAAAGCAAGCAGCAACAGAAACACGCAUGUUCGCGCGCGAACUCCUCCGAGUACGGAAACAUGAACAACGAGUCGCAACCUCCAAAGCCACACUAGAAAGCGUCGGCAUGCAGGUCAAGGAAGCCUUCGCGAUGCGCAAGAUCGAAGGCAGCAUCAAGAACAGCGUCGGCAUCAUGAAAGACGUCAACGCGCUGGUCAAACUCCCCGAGAUCUCCGGCACGAUGCGCGAAUUGAGCCAAGAGCUGGUGAAAGCCGGGAUCAUCGAGGAAAUGGUCGCGGACUCGCUGCCGGAGAACGAGAUGCUGGAGGGCGAGGACGAGGAGGCCGAGACGGAGGUGGAUAAGGUGUUAGGGGAGGUGCUGAAGGAUAAGGUGCAGACCCCUGCGGCGCAGGUGCCGGUGGAGCCGGUGCAGCCCGUGGAAGCGCAGCCGGCGGAGGAGGAGGAGGAGCUGGGGUCGGAGGAGAUGUUGGCGCAGAUGAGGGGGAGGUUGGAGGCGUUGAAGAGUUGA